AAAAUUAUUCUCUUCAGAAAUACAUUUGAACAAAAAGUCGAGCAAGCCAGUUAUUUUUGCGUGGGUGUGUUCUUUUGCACACAAUUACAACCAUUACGGUAAGACGUGAAGCUCCCAUUCUCUAGUUUUCCCGUUUUCCCGGUGGCCGUAGAGUGAGUGGAAUUCGCUGGUUGCCUGUCUGGGAAUUUCGUUCAAGCACAUCGAGCGGCCACUGCCAUGGCUGAACGCCGCGCCUUCGCCCAGAAGAUAAGCAGGACUGUGGCAGCAGAGGUCAGGAAGCAAAUAGCGGGUCAGUAUGGGGGCUCACCGCAACUCUUCAAGAACCUCAAUGCUGGGACCUUAACAAGUAACACAGUUCCACUUACAGAGGCAGUCGAGCCAGUGGAUUUCGAAGAGUACCUCAUCACUCACCCUCCAAUUGUGGAGUCAGGACCCCUUAGAGAUUUGAUAGAGUUUCCCCCAGAUGACAUAGAGGUCAUCUACACACCCAGGGAAUGUCGAACAGUAGUACAAGCCAUCCCAGAGGAAGGGGACACUGACCCUCAUGUGAGAGACUGUGUCAGAUCUUACACAGAGGACUGGGCAAUAGUCAACAGAAAAUACCACAAACUUGGCACAGGUUUUAACCCUAAUUCGUUGGAUAAGCAGAAGGAGCGCCAGAAGGGGUUGCCCAAACAAGUGUUUGAGGCUGAUGAAUUACCGGACAGCAGUGGCUACCAGGAUGACCAGGAUGACCUUAAACGACGGUCGAUGUCCAUUGAUGACACCCCUCGGGGUAGCUGGGCUUGCAGCAUCUUUGACUUGAAGAAUUCCCUCCCGGACUCUCUCCUCCCACAUCUCCUUGAUCGUGCCCCCAAUGAAGAGAUUGACAGACACAAUGAAGAUCAACGCAAGACCAACCGCCAUCGGGAACUCUUUGCUCUGCAUCCAGCCCUUGAUGAGGAGGACCCCAUCGAGCGGCACUGUGUGCCUGAUGUUCCAAAAGAACACUUUGGCCAGAGGUUACUUGUCAAGUGCUUGUCCCUGAAAUUUGAAAUCGAAAUUGAGCCCAUAUUCGCUAGUUUGGCUUUAUAUGAUGUCAAGGAAAAGAAAAAGAUAUCAGAGAAUUUUUUCUUUGACCUGAAUUCCGAGCAGACGAAGGCAAUGUUGCGUCCACACAUUCAAACUGCAGCCAUUUCCACUUUAGCACGCUCAGCCAUAUUCUCAAUCACCUACCCCUCUCAGGAUGUCUUUCUGGUCAUCAAGUUGGAGAAGGUGCUACAGCAAGGAGAUAUUGGGGAGUGUGCGGAACCUUAUAUGGUGUUUAAAGAAUCUGACGCAAACAAGAAUAAAGAAAAAUUGGAGAAACUCCGUAGUCAAUCUGAGCAAUUUUGUCAACGCCUUGGCCGGUACCGCAUGCCCUUUGCUUGGACUGCCAUCCACUUAAUGAAUAUUGUCAACAGCGCCGGCAGUCUCGAGAGAGAUACUGAGCUGGAGAUGAGCCUUUCAGAGAGAAAGGGAUCAUGGUCAGAACGACGGAACUCAAGCAUCAUGGGAAGGCGGUCUUUGGAAAGAACCACCAGUGGAGAUGAAUCAUGUAGUCUGACUGGUUUUAGACCUGCCACCUUAACCAUCACCAACUUCUUCAAACAGGAGGGUGAUAGGCUGAGUGAUGAGGACUUAUACAAGUUUCUUGCUGAUAUGAGAAGACCUUCUUCAGUGUUGAGGAGACUGAGACCCAUAACAGCCCAGUUGAAAUUGGACAUUUCUCCAGCUCCAGAGAACCCCCACUAUUGCUUGACACCUGACCUCUUGCAAGUUAAACCUUACCCAGACAGUAGAGUGCGCCCCACCAGGGACAUCUUGGAGUUUCCUGCCAGGGAUGUAUAUGUGCCAAACACUACAUACAGAAAUCUGCUGUAUGUGAACCCGCAGAGUCUUAACUUCGCCAAUCGCCAAGGCUCAGCCCGCAACAUUACAGUGAAAGUGCAAUUCAUGAAUGGAGAAGAUCCGAAUAAUGCUAUGCAGGUGAUAUUUGGGAAGUCAAGCUGUGCUGAUUUCUACAAAGAGGCCUAUACGUCGGUGGUCUACCACAAUCGAUCCCCUGACUUUCACGAUGAGAUCAAGAUCAAACUCCCUGCCUCCCUAUCGGACCACCACCACAUUCUCUUCACCUUCUACCACGUCAGCUGCCAGCAAAAGCAGAACACGCUGCUGGAGACCCCUGUGGGAUACACGUGGAUACCCAUGUUGCAGAAUGGACGUUUGCGGACUGGGCACUUCUGUCUUCCUGUUUCUCUGGAAAAACCACCACAGUCCUACUCUGUACUUUCACCAGAUGUUCCUCUCCCAGGAAUGAAGUGGGUGGACAACCAUCGUGGGGUAUUCAAUGUGGAGGUAGUUGCCGUUUCAACUAUCCACACACAGGAUCAGUACUUGGAUAAGUUCUUUGCAUUGGUGCAUGCACUGGAUGAGCACAUGUUCCCAGUCCGGAUAGGGGACAUGAGAAUCAUGGAAAACAACUUGGAAACUGAGCUGAAGUCAAGUAUAGCAGCACUCAACUCUUCCCAGCUGGAGCCAGUCGUUCGAUUUCUUCACCUUCUACUUGACAAAUUGGUUUUGCUUGUGGUUCGACCUCCAGUCAUUGCUGGACAAAUCGUCAAUCUUGGUCAGUCAUCAUUUGAGGUUAUGGCAGCCAUUGUAAACCGCCUCCAUAAGUACCUGGACACCAGCCAGGACAUGCAUGGCCGCAACAGCCUGCUUUCUUCAUACAUCCACUAUGUCUUCCGGUUGCCCAGCACUGACCCCAACUCUCCUUCGCCAGAUGUCAAAUCUACCUCAACAGGCCCUGGAGGGCUUGGAGGUUCUGUUCACUAUGCCACCAUGGCCCGCUCAGCUGUUCGGCCAGCCAGCCUUAACCUAAACCGCUCUCGUAGCCUUAGCAACAGUAACCCUGACAUCUCCGGUACGCCCACCUCUCCUGAUGAUGAGGUUCGCGCCAUCAUCGGUAGCAAGGGCUUAGACCGGUCCAACUCGUGGGUUCACACCAUGGGCUGUAAGAGUGCCCCUUGGGGAUCCAGCCCUGGGUCUGCUCCAGAAACCAUGCAGGCCAUGGAGCGCUGUGGCAAUCGCAUGUCUUCGCACACAGAGAGCGCCAGUUUCUUGCAAACUUUAACGGGACGAUUGCCCACAAAAAAGCUCUUUCACGAGGAGCUGGCUCUCCAAUGGGUGGUGAGCAGUGGAAGUGUCAGGGAGGGAGCUCUACAACAGGCCUGGUUUUUCUUUGAGCUUAUGGUGAAGAGCAUUAUUCAUCACCUCUACUUCGCUGAACGCCUCGAGUCACCCAGAAAAAACAGAUUCCCGGAGCGCUUUAUGGAUGACAUCACAGCGUUGGUCAGCACCAUUGCUGGUGAUAUUGUAUCACGUUUUCAGAAGGAUCUGGAGCUGGUUGAGCGACUGAAUACAAGUCUCGCUUUUUUCCUCAAUGAUUUGCUCUCCGUCAUGGACAGAGGCUUUGUCUUCACCCUUAUCAAGGCGUACUGGAAACAGGUGUCCACAAAGGUUUAUGCUCUGCAAAACCCGACAUUAGAGUCUCUCAGGCUGGAUUUCUUGAGAAUAGUUUGCAGUCAUGAACACUAUGUCACCCUCAACCUGCCUUGCAGCUUGCUCACGCCACCUGCUUCCCCAUCACCGUCUGUCUCUUCAGCAACUUCACAGAGCUCUGGGUUCUCCACACAUGUUCAGGACCAAAAAAUAGCAAACAUGUUUGAACUGUCCGUGCCCUUCAGGGAGCAACACUUUAUGGCUGGGCUGGUACUGUCAGAACUGUCUGUGAUACUUGACCCAGACAAUGAGGGGAUGUUUGGCUUGCAUAAAAAAGUGGUUAGUGUUGUCCACAACCUAUUGUCCAGCCAUGACUCUGACCCGCGCUAUGCAGAUUCAGAGGUCAAAGCCCGAGUUGCUAUGCUGUACCUUCCUUUGAUUGGCAUUGUCAUGGAGACCCUGCCGCAGCUCCAUGACUUCACAGAGUCCCUCAACCAGUGGGGUCGAUCAGGUGGCGUGCAGGGCACCACUGUCUGCAGCAAUGGGGAUGAUGCUGAGGCAGAGGGAAACAACAUGAUUAAUCAGACUGUUGCCAUGGCCAUAGCUGGCACCACUACUACCUCGCCAAUGUCCCGACCAAGCAGCUUCUUGUUGAAUUCGCAGGCGAAUCGUCAGCACGGAAGCUUCUCGGCCGAGUCAAGUCGCAGUCUGCUCAUCUGUCUGCUGUGGGUGCUUAAAAAUGCAGAUGAGCUGGUGUUGCAGAAGUGGUUCACCGAUCUUUCAGUCUCACAGCUGAACCGCCUGUUAGAUCUCCUCUACCUCUGUGUUUCUUGCUUUGAAUACAAGGCCCAUGUUGUGUUCACCAUGCAGGGGAAGAAAGCAUUCGAGCGCAUGAACAGUCUGACUUUCAAAAAGUCGAAAGACAUGAAGGCCAAGCUGGAGGAGGCCAUCCUGGGGAGCAUCGGUGCCAGGCAGGAGAUGGUGCGACGCAGCCGUGGGCAGCUAGAGCGUAGUCCUUCAGGCAGUGCCUUUGGCAGCCAGGAGAAUCUGCGCUGGAGAAAAGACAUGACCCACUGGAGGCAGAACAGUGAGAGAUUAGACAAGAGUCACAGAUCACACAGGACAAGAGCAGAGUUGGAGCAUGAAGCACUUAUUGACGGUAACCUUGCGACAGAGGCCAACUUGAUCAUUCUUGAUACUUUGGAGAUCAUUGUGCAGACCGUAUCGGUGACAGAGUCCAAAGAGAGUAUCCUCGGUGGGGUGCUGAAAGUGUUGCUUCACAGUAUGGCCUGUAAUCAAAGCGCCCUCUACCUUCAGCACUGUUUUGCUACACAGCGAGCACUUGUGUCAAAGUUUCCUGAACUGCUGUUUGAAGAGGAGACAGAGCAGUGUGCUGACCUGUGCUUACGACUGCUAAGGAGCUGCAGUAGCAGUAUAAGCACCAUCAGGGCCCACGCCAGCGCAUCACUCUACCUCCUCAUGAGGCAGAACUUUGAGAUUGGCAACAAUUUUGCAAGGGUGAAGAUGCAGGUGACGAUGUCUCUUUCAUCAUUGGUGGGAACAUCCCAGAAUUUUAAUGAGGAGUUCCUGCGUCGCUCUCUGAAGACCAUCCUUACUUAUGCAGAGGAGGACCUCGAGCUUCGGGAAACAACUUUUCCAGACCAGGUGCAAGACCUUGUUUUUAACUUGCACAUGAUUCUGUCUGACACGGUCAAGAUGAAGGAACACCAGGAAGAUCCUGAGAUGCUAAUUGAUCUCAUGUACAGGUACUGUACAAAGCUGAUGAAUGUUCAGGAAAAUCAAUUUUAGUGUAUCCCUCUUUUG